CGGUCACGAGCCAAUACAGGAAGUCGGUGUUAGCCACAGGCGGCUAAGCGGCAGCUAUGACGAUAGGAGAAACUUAGUGUUAGCGGAUAAAAAGUGUGAGAACAGAAGCUAGUGAAUUGUGAUGCUGUAGAAGUGCAAACUGGCGAGUGUUAUGAAAAUGGGGAGAGCCGUCGAAGUCGUUAUCUUGUCUGUAUUCUUUAUGGUAUCGCAGAUAAGCUGCCAAGAAGGAGUUUUGCACAUUUCCAAUGGAAGUACAAGUAGGGAGUACUGCAUUGUCCACAAUCACUCCUGGACCCCGCUGUCAAAAAGCCUCGAUGCUGCCACACCGUAUCCUCUGGUAAAUCUGACCUCCAGUCUGCUGUGCAACGGUUCCGGAGUCAGUCCAGAUGUGGUUAAGGGCAAGGCCUUGGUGGUGAUGAGAGGAGAGUGUGAUUUCAGCGAGAAGGCUCUGGUUGCUCAGAGUCUGGGCGCUACAGUUUUACUCAUUGCCAGCAACACAUCAUUGAUCACUCCAUCAGCUAAUGACUCUGAGUAUGCAAAGGUCCACAUUCCUCUGGCUCUUAUGAAAUACAGAGACUUCCUGGAAGCACAGCAGGUGUUUGGCAAAGAGAUGCAGGUGCAGCUGUAUGCUCCCCCACAAGCGAAGGUUGACCCAAGCAUUUUAGUGAUUCUGCUUAUUUCCAUGGUCACAGUUGUCCUGGGUGGCUACUGGAGUGGGGCCUGCGAGAGAGAUCGGUUGAACGCUUGCUCACCAACAGCAGCAGCAGGAGGAGGAAAAGGAAGCAAAGAAGACAGUGGAGAACUUUCCCUGUACUCUCCUCUCAAAGUGCUUAUCUUUGUGGCCUUAAUGUGUGGAAUGCUGGUCCUCAUGUACUUUUUCUACAACAUCCUUGUUUACAUCAUUAUUGCUAUAUUCUGCCUGGCAUCUGCCUCUGCGCUCUACAGCUGUUUUGAUGCCGUGAUGGAUAAAAUUGGCUGCGGUACUCUGAGCUUCUCUGUCAGAAAUUACAACUUCUCUGUGAGGUCCAUGUUGCUGGCUGCUGUCUGCAUAACCGUUGCUGUGAUUUGGGGAGUGUACAGAAAUGAAGACAGAUGGAUCUGGAUCCUUCAGGACCUUCUUGGGAUAGCUUUCUGCCUCAACUUCAUGAAGUCCAUUUCACUGUCCAAUUUCAAGAUCUGUGUGAUUCUACUGAGCCUUCUGGUUGUAUAUGACGUUUUCUUCGUCUUCAUUACACCAUUAUUCACCAAGAAUGGAGUCAGUAUCAUGGUGCAGGUUGCUCUGGGUCCAGAUGCAUCUGGAGAGAAGACGCAGGGUAACAUGGUGGAGGUCCCUGUCGAUCCCCAGACUCCCUCUGAGAAACUUCCUGUGGUGAUGCGUGUCCCACGGUUCUCAGCUUGGGCUCAGAACCUGUGUGGGAUGCAGUUCUCCAUCCUGGGUUAUGGAGACAUUAUUGUUCCAGGUCUCCUUGUGGCUUACUGCAGCAGGUUUGAUGUGUGGAUCAACAGCAGGAGGAAAAUCUACUUUGUCAGCUGCUGCAUAGCCUAUUUUCUGGGAAUGAUACUGACUUUUGCCAUGAUGCUGCUGUCGGCUAUGGGUCAGCCGGCUCUGCUCUACCUUGUGCCUUUUACUCUGAUAACAUCUGCUGUGGUGGCUGGGUGCCGUGGAGAAAUGAAGCACUUUUGGGCAGGAGCCAUUUGUGAGGUCUUGGAUUCAUCCAGGGAACCUUUGUUGCCAGAGAGAAGAACUGGACGCUCCAUAGGAGAACAAUGCUGACUUACUGUACAAUAAUAAACAAGAAGCCAAGAGCUGGAACUUUUAAAAAUAUAUUUUAAUAUUACAUUUGCUAAACAAGAGAACAUCAACAGAUUCUCACAACAUAUUGGGGUCGUUUGACUGCUGUAAAUGAUUAGAAGGUUAACAAAUAUGUAUCUGAUGUUUAUAGUGAUCAAAAAGGCUUGUUUUGUGCCUGAAAGGUCUGUUAAUGUCAUGUUCUGAAACUGUAAUGACUUUGCCUUGGUGGUGAUUGCAUACAACUGAGAAAAGGAAGCACUUUAUAUUAUUUGGCUUAACAUCUUUUUUAUCAGUAACAGGUGAGGGUUGGGCUUUUACUUACAUCUACAUUAUGAGACGUUUGGUACCCAUUUUUGAGUUUCAUUGUAUAAUGUUUGUAUGAUGUGAUUUCUUUCAUUGCCUUAUAUUAAAUGAACAACUUCUAUUGAAAUGUA